UAUAACUCUUCACUCUACACCUUUUCUUCUCACUUCUCUCAUAUCUCUCUUCUCUCUCUGCGAACACACGCUUAUAUGUAUACACAUAAAUCUCUUCCGUCUUUGUGUAAUAAGCUAGUUGACAUGGAAGGCGCCGAGGAAUUGGAGUUUGUGGGGCCGUCUGAUAACCAUGCCACCGUCACCCACAUCGCCAAGGGCAAGCGGACCAAGAGGCACAGGCCCUCCUCGCCCUGUGCGGUCGUCGCGGCCAUGACCUCCAGCUCAUCAAGCGUCUCCGGGGAACACCUCAGCGCCGGUGGAGAUUACGGCUCCAUUUCGUCCACCACCACUACUCACGACGAGAGCACUGAGGAAGAGGAAGACAUGGCUAACUGUUUAAUUCUCUUGGCUCAGAGCGGGGAUUCCCAUAAUCUUCAGCACCGACCUCAAUCUCAAGCCGCCAGAACAGAACCAGCAGGAGGCAGCCGGAGAUUCGCUGAGAUGGCCACCGUCACGGCCGGUGCCGCCAAAGUUGGUUUGUUUGUGUACGAGUGCAAAACGUGUAACCGAAGUUUUCCUUCGUUUCAAGCGUUGGGUGGGCACAGGGCCAGCCACAAAAAGCCUAAGAUGACGUUAGAAGAUAAGAAACCGCCACCGCAGCCGCAACUCAUCAACAGUUAUGAGAUCGAAGAAGGUCCAAUAAAAAGCGUCCCUCAAAUUUCUCUUCAACUAGGCAGUAACAUGAACGGGGUUUUGUCAAUCAACAAAGCGAAGAUUCACGAGUGUUCAAUAUGCGGCUCAGAAUUCACGUCCGGCCAGGCAUUGGGGGGCCACAUGAGGAGGCACAGGGCAUCCACAGCAGUGGGCGCGCCUCAGGCGGUGGAAGAGAAGCCAAAAGUGCUGGUGUUGGAUCUAAACCUGCCGGCGCCGGAAGAGGAUCAGAGGGAUUCCAAGUUCGAGUUUCCGGCGAAAGAAAAACCACUGGUGCUGUCUGCUCCGUCUCUGGUGGACUGCCAUUAUUAGGCCAGGGCGAAGAGAAAAACAAGUUAUAAUUAUUGUUAAUGGGGGAGAAGGAUGGAUGGAAUGUGAAUUAUUAGCGUUAAUUUUAAUUUUACAAAUAUUGGCAAGUAUGGAUUCUUUGGAUUAUAAUUAUAAUCAAUAAUAAUAAUUAUUCCCAUUUUGACAAUAA